UGCUCAUUUUGCCAAGACGAGUAGCUAGAGAAACGCCAUUUGGAAAAAUGACAAGAAAGCUGCCCCCGAUUUCUUCAUCUCAGCCCCAGCCUACAACUUCCCGCUCUGUCCCCUCAUACUCUCGUUUCCCAAUGCAUCUUCCUCCCCUGCCUCCAAAAGCUUCUGGCUGUCAGACUGUUCCCCAGUGCCGUCCACUUCCCUCAGUUUACAGUCCUACCUCUUUCCCACCUCUGACUAGAGUCACCCCUUCUUGCUACCCUACCUUACCAGUUUCCCUGCCCAGCUCUUCCUCUGUUCCUUCCAGACCACCCCCUCGCCGCUCUGUUCUUCUCGCACCUCUUUCCUGUUACUGUUUUGUCUUGGCUCCUACUCCCCCUCCUAGCCCUUCUUUCUAGAUCCUUGGAGUCGGGUUCUCCCCAGCACUCCAACCAGCCCCAACCAGACCUCCAUGAUUCACAAAUCUCAUCCUGGAGGAAUGGUUUCCCAGCAAGUGGGACAGUUCUGGUACAGUCCAUAGGUGCUAGGACUGUGGAUCCCCAGGAGCCUGACCUGAUGAACAUCAGGAAUUUGAGAGAAUGGCUAGCCAACAUCCAUUUUGGAGGUUGGUUUCCGUGACCUAGGUCUCUGCAUCUGCUUCCAAUUGAGAUGGUAACACAGAGAUUUCAAGAGAAAUCUGCAACCUCAGACACUGGAUGAGAAACUAGAGGGCCAGACCUCUUCAGCUUUUUCAGUACAUAGUUGGGGAGUUUAGAAGCACACUGAUGGCUUGGAAUGGCCCAAGGCAAGAGGGAAAGAACCUUCCAGGACAAGGGCAAGGAGCAGCAGGAGCUAAAACAAGGAGCCAUUAAGUAGCUGGCUGGGCUCAGGAAACUGCAGGAAAUGACUGUCCAAGGUGAGGAUCAAUCAAGCCCAUUACCUCCGGGGUCUGCCGCUGGACGGCAUCCUUUCCUGACGGUAUGCAGGGGCGGUCCUAGUACCCAGGGUCUUGAGAAGCUGGGGAAGGAGAUGGCAGUCUCCCCGCACCCGCAAGCCAUCCAGGGCAGUGAGAAGUAGUUGGACGGAUCUGAUCGGAGCCCCGCCACAGUCAUGGCCGGUCGCCAAAAGGAGGUGAUCAUCGAUGAGGUCCAUCAGAACCAGAUCCUGCGCGAAUUGUACCUCAAAGAGCUUAGAACCCAGAAACUCUACACAGAGUACCACGUGAAUCCCCUCCGCAAGGUUCACACAAUCACCAGAAAGCCCAUGUCUUGGCAUGAUAACCUGGAGGAACCUGAAGAUGCCAGGUUUCUAAAUCUUCUUCACCAUGCUGCCCUGGGGCCAAGGAAGAAAUACCCAGAGACACAGACUGAAAGCCAAGAAAUCGGAUGGGACUCAGAGCCCUUGGUCAGCCCCGAACGUGGUGACCGCAGGCUGAACCACUUCAGGGUCUACAAUGACAUCACUCUGUACAAGGCUAAAAUGUGGAGCCUGGGAGAGGAUGAUCGCCACAAGUAGUGUCCCAGCGGUGACAGCAGCCCUGUCUUUAAUACCCAAUGUGUGUGCUGCCUGGAUAACUAAAGAUUAUUUUGAAGCCUCA